GAAAGCUUCCACGCGACCAUAACCAAACACGUCUCCCGCUCAUGGAUCCUCACUGAUCUACAACCUCAGGUGGUGCCUCCCUGCCUUCCUGCUACAUUUCCUACUCUACAUCAAGCUUAUUUGAGUUAAUCCUCCGCUGAGCAAACGGCAAUCAACAUCCGACUGCACUACGCAACAUGUCCGAACCAGGUCUUUUGGCUAACAUCCUGGGCCAAUUGGCCUACCAGUUUGCUCUGAUACAACCGUUCCUCCCUACCUACGUCCACUUGCUUCUCUCUGCCUUAUUCCCUAUCUAUGCAGGAGCACACGCAUCGCUGUCACGGCCGUCGUCCGCUGCGGCACCAGCAAGGAAGGGCAAGGCUAGCGUAGACGAAGAUGAGUCUUCAGACGAAGAGGAUGAGGAAUCCCAUAAGAUGGAGGGAUUGUCUCCAAGCGACGCCAUUGUCAUGCCGCUCCUUGCUGGGACGACGCUUGCUGGGCUAUACUUCCUCAUCAAAUGGAUGAAGGAUCCUGCACUUUUGAAUAAGAUAUUGAACGCCUACUUCGCCGUCUUUGGUGUAUUCUCUGUGGCUAGGUUGAUCACAGAUACGCUGGAUAUUGGACAUUCUAUCAUCUUCCCACGACGAUACGCCCUCGAUGGCGCCCUAUACCAUGUUCACGGCAAGGAGAAGAAGGCAACACCUGUUGCAGGCAACAUCAAGGACAAACAGGCCAUUCAUACCCCACUUCCUGGCUUCCUCGCUCGGAUUAAGUUAUCAGAGGGUGCCCGGGAGAUGCUGUGGGCCGAUCGCGCAAUGCCAGGCAACAAGUGGACGCUCCGAGCGUACCUCCACCGCGUCGUCGCCGCGAAAAUGGCCAUUGGUCCCCAUGGUAUCGCCGGCUUCCUUCUCUCCCUUUUCGCUGUCGCAUAUUUCAACCUGGUCGACAAACCAUGGUAUCUGACCAACCUGAUGGGCUUCGGCUUCUCAUAUGGCGCUCUCCAACUCAUGUCUCCGACGACCUUUGCAACGGGCAGCUUGAUUCUCAGCGCUCUGUUCUUCUAUGACAUAUAUUUUGUCUUCUUCACCCCCAUGAUGGUCACUGUCGCCAAAUCCCUCGACGUCCCAAUCAAGCUCAUUUUCCCACGUCCUUCACCCGCGGAUGCCCCGCCCUCCUCGAAGUCACAUGCCAUGCUCGGCCUCGGCGAUGUCGUCCUCCCCGGAAUCAUGAUCGGCCUCGCCCUCCGUUUCGACCUCUUCCUCUACUACCUGCGCAAGCAGAAACACAUACCAGCGCCGGAACAAGAUGAUGGGGAAGACGCUGUUGCUCCGGCUGGACCAAAGAUGGAGAAGGCGAAGUACUUCUCCCUCGCAGGACGCUGGACCGACCAUUUCUGGACUCAUUCCCUUUCUGGUCGCCCGCUCUUCCAUGCGUCUGACGACAACAAGCCAGAACCGCCGUUCACAUUCCCGAAGACAUACUUCAAGGCAAGCUUGAUAGGCUAUAUUAUCGGCAUGCUGACAACUUUAGGGGUGAUGCACAUUUGGGGCCAUGCGCAGCCUGCUUUGCUAUACCUAGUUCCAGGGGUCCUAGGAAGUCUCUGGUUAACCGCACUCGUCAGGAGAGAGCUGCGAUUGAUGUGGGAUUUCAGUGAGGCUACUGAAGAGGAAGAGGAAGCAGACGAGAAGCAGGAUGGUGAGAAGAAGAAGCCGAAGGAAGCUCCUGAACGCACCAGUUUCUUCUUCUCAUCAGAUAAGAGGGACAAGGAGCGCGAGGAGCGCAUGGCUAAGGCAAUCCGGCGACAUGUCUCUCUCGAUGAUGGCUCCUACGAUGGCGUCGGAGUAGAUCCAGUCAAGGAGGUAGCUGGACACAGGUCAGAGAGAGAGGUGUUCUCUUUCUCCAUCGAAGCGCCGUGGAGGUUGAAGCACCCAAGAUCUAUCAGGCGAGGGUCCAAGGAUGGUGAUGUAUCCCAAAGCCAAGAGCAGGAUCAGUCCACCCCGGGAAAGGAGAAACCGAGUUGGGCACCUAUUGCAGCUGAAAUUAGCCCUGUGGAGCCUGUGGAGCCAGCUGGUAAAAGGGUUAGGCUGAAUUAGGACUAGGGAUGUUAACUUAUGCCCAUGGCCUUGGAAUACCCGUGUUUCUUCCAGACGCUUUCUCAGAUACGAUAUCUGGAUUGUACAUUAAAAAACAGGCAUAGCAUGCAGACAGACAGGCAAGCG